CAGCGCUUGGCUUGAACAGGAAUAGUCGCGAUCUUUAUUUUGUUUGGAUGCGCCGUGUACAUCGAGAUAAUAAGGCAGAUGGCAGAAGCAAAUACUUUUAUUUUCAAACCUACGAAUGCCACCCUAACCAUGACUCGCGAGGCCAAAAUCGCGUUCAAACCGCUCAUCAAGACUCCCCUCAAGACUCCUCUCAAGAUUCCCCUCAAGACCCUGGGCAGGAACAAAGGCAAAAGAAAAGGAGGCGCGUCUUUAAGAAGAGCCAAAAAGUCGGAUGUAGAGCCAAGCUUCUAGUCCACAACAUGAAAGACGAUAGUGGGGAUCCCGAAUUAGCAAUGAAGGAGGGAAAGAAGCAACUCCGUAUCACGUAUUACUAUAAGCAUACAGGCCAUGUCCUCGGUGAUCCUAAUGAUUUUCAGUAUCUCAACUCAGUGCUCCUAAUCGAUUCGAUACAACCGAAAUUGAAUGGAUUGAAUGCAUUCGAUUCGGUUUCGGCUCAGGGUAAGUUUGUACCGAAAUUGAAUGCUCCAUUCCUGUAUCGAAUCGAAUGAAUCGAAUGUGUUUGAAUGAUACCCCUAAUGUGUAGCAUGGGUCGUAUGAUUAUAUCGAAACCGUUUACCGAAUGUAUCGAAACCGUUUACCGAAUGUAUCGAAACCGAUUUACCGAAUGCAUCGAAGCCGAUUUUUUAGCGCAUCGAAUGUAUCAUGCACUAUUUAAUACGACUAUAUCGGCU